AUGAGCGAGCGCGAAGCCCUUCAUCUUGGCAAGUGUACUUUGUCGGGCGGCGAUAGUCCGCUGGUGCCUGGUACCCGGGCGCCGAGGCGGUUAGUCUCUCCACCAGGCUGUGCCGCUCGCGCUCGAGGGCGCGGCGGUGCCGCUGGAUCCUGGUCCGGAAAUGGAUCACCUCAAUUAGCAGGCUAUCCUCUACACGUCAAGCUCCCAUUCGACCUUCGGGAUCCCAGUGUUGAGAUCGAAGCCAAAGUCUUUCCUCGCACCAGGAGCCUUGGCGAGUUUGCCAAUCGCUCGUACCUCAAUUUUGAAGUGGAAGAGCUCCCUCCCGGACCAUGGCCAUUGACCAUCGCGGGCGUGCCCUACACUAUCGGCGACAUCAACGGCAGGACUGGCAGGGGACGUCUGCUUCCUCGAAAGGCGGCUGGCAAUAUGCGAGUCCGCAUCUGUGGGGAUCUCGAACGUGGAGCACCCAGCAGCCGCCAGGCAUUCCGCUUGUACGCAGACACCAUCACCAAGGCAUUCUCGGCGCUUCUCCCAGACAUAACUGUGGUAGAGUGCAUUGCUACAGCAGAUACCCACAUGUAUGUUGUCCUCGGUGAUCAGGUGGACAUUAGUGCUGUGAUUUCUCGGCUUCCCGGACAGAUUGGUCGGAUGUGGACCAUGGACCUUGGACGUCCGGAGCCCGAUGCUCUUCAGGCACUCCUGCUGCGCACCACUACGCCAGAUCCAGCGAACAAAAUCGUGGACGAUACAGCGUCUGUUGUCCUGCGACCUGGUGUCCUGCUGUGCUCCUUUGUGGACGGAACACAUCAGACCCACAACUUGAUCACCUCGGGGGUUGCUGUACAGAACGUGGUAGGGGAUUCGUUCAUGACAACAGCUGCCCACGGAAUCGGAAUCGACACUAUGGUGUAUGCAGGACGGCCUUCCAUCACCAGCGACUUUCGCUCAGUCGGCGAAGCGGUGGUAGAGUUGGCAUUCACUGAUAUUUCACUGGUUGCGUUGAAGUCGAACGUGCAGUUCCGCAACCGACUCUUCGACCAGCGUGAGGAAGAAUCUGUACGCUUAACCAGCAUAGUGGGUGAGGAUCCCAACGACGACAAGGUCAAGAUUGGUGACUGCGUGUCAAUGGACACUCCUUUUACAGGGGCGAUCUCAGGCUCCAUCAUGCACAAGAGCUGGAGAUUGAUCAACGAGCCUCCAGAGCAUCCUGUUGAGAAGAGACUUCAAUAUGUUGUGUAUGACUGGGUGUACAAUGGAGAGCGGCCCCCUGAUCAGAAGCUGCUUGUCCGAGCUGGCUACACGCUUGUGCGGCCUGAAUGAAUAAGUUCAAGACGGAACAGCAUUCGUACGUCUCUGAAGGCUAGCCGACAGGGAACAGCAGCCAUCACAAUCGGGGUUGAAUGAUCAGGAGGUGUCUGUCCCUGGGAUGGGCCGUUGUUGUCCAGAGUAGUUUUGCGUCGCGUGUGUUUAGGGUCAUCACCUUUGGCCGUUUCAGCCUUCACUAGAUCUGUG